AUGGAUACCGCAUACUCUAUAACAACUAUUAGUGAACUUUCUGAGUUACUUGAAAAAGAUUUAAAAAUUUCGAUAAACACUGAUAGGUUUACCCAAGCUUUAGAUGAGUUAUUCUGUUUUAGCAAUACUGGUUCUGAACAUUUGAUUGAUGGUACUUCUAAUGAGAAAAUUGAAACCAUUUUGACUUGUUCUUAUCAAGACCAUUCUGAAUCUAGAGAGUAUUUGAAUUCACUAAUUGUUAAAGAUUGUUCAAAAGCAAUAGACAUUUUUGAAAGAUUAUCAAUCAAUACUGUUCAUAUUCUAGUAGGCAGUUUUGUAGAUGCAAAUACAACACUUCCCUUAGUGCAAGAACUGCAUUCAAGAAUUCAUCUAGGGGAAGACGCAAACGUAACCUAUCUGUUAAGCAUUAUUUUACAGUUGGUUAUCAAGUUUGAUUACAAAUUCUCUCAAAUAUGUUUCCUUAUCAAGGAAUUGGGGAUGCGUAUUAAAGAAAGAGAAGUUAGAUCUAUCAGUUUAGUUAUAUUUUCUCAACUAGAAAACAAAUAUAAAGAAGAGUUCAACAAAUCAUUUUUGAAGUUCAUUGAUGCGUUGGUUAUUGAGGUAGAAGCGGAUAUUGGUAAUGACCCUUUAAUUAUCAUAAUAACAUUAUUGAAUGAACUAUACCCCGUCUUGACAACUUUAUGUUCAGAAUUAUUCUUAAGUGAAGCUUUGAAAGAUUUAUGUCAAGAAAGAGUUAAUGAAAGGAGAGAUCCAGAAUUUUCAAAAGCACUAUUGCAAUUAUUAUCCACAGCCUGCAUUGAUGAAAAUGUAAGGAAAAUGAUAGCUGAAACAUAUAUAGAAGUCCUUGAGAAUACUUUAAAUAUUCCUGAAUACAGCAUCCUGGCAGCAUUAGUAUUGAUCAAAAUUUGGUCAUUUACAAAAUUACACAAUACUACCAUUAAAAGUUUAAAUGAAAUCUUGAUGAAACAUAUCGAAAAUGAUAUUAUUGAAGAAGAUGAUGUGAAUACUACUGAAGGUGAUGGAUUAUCAAAUGAUGAUAUUUCCAAUUGCCUUGAAGGAUUAGCUUAUCUGAGUUUGAAAACUUCAGUGAAAGUUAGACUAAGAGCUAACAGUAAAUUUUGUUCUGCUUUAGUAAAAAUAAUUGAAUUUAAAAAGGUGAACUCUAAAUUUUAUGGUGUGUUGGUGGUAUUAGCUAAUCUGGGUAUUUCUCCAAAAGAUAUAAAUAAUGGUGGACCAGAUGCAAAAUCCUUAAGGGACUUAAAAUCUUAUAGUGAUUUAAAGAAUCCAAAGACAGAUGAUGAUACCAAGGUUAUUGAGACUGUAGAAGAAGUGUCGUCCUUUAACAAGAAAUAUAUUAUUGACACGGGUGUUUUAGCAGCAAUUCGAAGCACAGAAAAGGAACUAUCCAUGGGCUCUAAAGAGCAAUACAUCAGAAUUAUAUAUAAUAUCUCAAGAGAAAAGAAGUUCAUUCCUGACUUGGUAAAGCACGGCUGUAUGACAUCAGUUUUGGAAUAUUUAAUUAAUGAUGUUGGCAAGAAAAAUGAAUCUGUUAGAUUAUUGACUUUAAGAUCAUUGACAAGAAUGUUGAUUUAUUCUAAUCCUGCUACAAUUUUCAACAAAUACUCUUCCAUUAAUGCUUUGCCAUUCCUGUUCGAGUUGUUACCGAUGGAUCAAACACCAGAGGAGGCCGCAUCCUCUCUAUUUGAUAGGAAUCUCAUUACGAAUGCAGAUUCUUUUGAAUCUUUAUUAGCAUUAACUAACCUAGCUUCUGCACCUGGAUCAGAAGGUGAAGACAUUUGUAAACGUAUUACAGGAACUAUUGCUUACUGGACCGUACUUGAAAAUUUAAUGUUAGAUGAUUCUGCUCAAUUACAAAGAUGCACGUUAGAAUUACUAAGUAAUUUAAUGAGCCAUCCACUGUCAAUUGCUGUAAAAUUUUUCAAUUUUGAAAACUCUCAAAGUGUCAAGAAUUUUAAUAUUUUGGUAAAAUUAUUAGAAUUAGAAGAUAUUGAAUCACAACGAGCAGUGGCUGCAUUCUUUGCUAAUGCUGCCAAUUCAAUCCCAUUCAUAGCCCAAGAGUUAUUAACUCAAAAAGAGUUCAUUGACACAACUAUUGACGUUUUUCACAAUCAAAUAGAUGAUAAAGAGUUAAGGGAGAGAUUCAUAAUAUUAUAUUAUUCACUGUUUGCUGUGGUUCCAGAAAAAGAUACCAAAAAACUCGAUAUCAUUACAAAAAAUAAGAAGUUCGAAGAAACUUUAAAACUGAUUCAAAAGUUGAAUAGCGUCGACGAAGAGUAUAUGGAAGUAGUGCCAUUAUUACUAUCUAAAUGUUAA